AUGAUUAAUAAGCAAUCACUUCCAAAUAAAUCCAGAUCGAAAUCACUUAAGCAGAUUUGUAGGUCAAUUAGCACCUUUUUCUUGAACGAUUUCAGUAAAAAGACCCAAAUUAACCCACAAAACAUAAAUUUUGUCACUAAUUCUAAAUAUAAUGAGAGCAAAAGCACAUUUUAUCAGAGCAAGCAAGCACAGGAAUCUGUGGGCAGAAUCCCAAGCCAUAGACGAGGAAGUAUCAGGAAAAAAAGAUCAAAUAGUGCGCCAAAUAGACUAUUGGUGGACUUUUCGUCCUUAAAUAAGCCAGGAGAGACCCAAAAGGAUUAUUCAGGAAGGCAUAUGAAAAUGUGUAAGAGUAAUAUAAUAUGUAGACCACUUCACGAAAUUCUGCACACUGAGUGCCGGCAAAGCCUCUUAUCCACAGGAAUGAAACACUUAAAUUUAUCGGGAUUUGUAAACUUAGUUUUUGUAAUUUUAGUAGCCAUGAACUUUAGGCUCGUCAUCAACAAUUUCAGAAAAUAUGGACUUUUGAUGGAAAUACCGAAGGGAUUUACACAAAUGUACCAAGAUUGGCCCCUACUGCGAUGUACCCUAAAGACACAUAUAUCAAUAUUGUUCGCCUGGGGUAUAGAACGUUACAUAGCACCGCUAUCGACUAAACCACUAACACUACCCAUGGUUCUACUUCAGCUUUUGAACAUUUUGAUUGUUCUACUAUACCCAUAUCUCACCGUUAUAUCGUAUAAAACAGAACCAUCGCUAUCGGCACUGAUGCUGAUCACAUCAGUAGUUUGGGCCUUUAAAAUGUAUUCAUUCCAUCACGUCUGCUUCGAUUACAGAAAAGCACUUUGUAACGGCGAUAAUUUGUUGGAAGUGUGUAAAAUCAAAAAAGAAGCGAAGAUAGCCUCAACAUACCCCAACUGUAUCAAGCUCACCGAGUUUUACAGAUUCAUUAUUAUGCCAACAGUUUGCUUCCAAGUAACUAAAUUGUCUUUUCACAACUUUACAUUGUGCAUAUGUACGAAUGAUAGAAUUUUGGCUGACCAGUACAUAGUGGUGGCCGUGUCGAAUACAUUCACCAUGGACGAAUUUAAAUCUGCAAACUUCUUCACAGUUGCAUGCCAUAUUAUAGACAGAAUGUUACUAUUAUCGGUCCCCAUUCUCUACUGUUGGCUUCUCAUGUUCGUAGUCAUUUUCCACUUUUGGUGCAAUUUCCUAGCUGAAAUCACUCGGUUUGGAGAUAGACGUUUCUACGGAGACUGGUGGAAUGCGUCCUGUUUCGCAGAGUACUGGAGGAAGUGGAAUCUGCCCAUACAUCAGUUUCUAAUAAGGCAUAUAAGUAAACCGUUGACUAACUUGGGCUUACCCAGAGGGCUCAUUAACAUCGUGGUUUUCGUGAUCUCAGCGGCGCUCCACGAGUACCUAAUAUCGGUACCGCUGGGAUUGGGAUGGACAGGCUACGUUUUUUGGGCCAUGAUGGGACAAAUCCCGCUACUGCUUUUUACAGACAUGGAUGUGGUAUGUUUUCUAAUCCACAUAGAUAGUUCUGUUAAAAAUAAAAAAUAUGGUGAAAAUAAAAUCCUUCAGAUAAAAAACAACAAAACUCUCGGAAAUGUUCUCUUCUGGUGUUUAUUCUGCUUUACCGGACAACCAGUUAGGAUCGUUCGUCUGAGGCCACCUAAUUCUCUAAAUCUUAUUAAAUUUUUAUUACAUGACUAUUAUAUGGAGAUGCGUCUGGAGUUAGACCAUAUGCCUCCAGUUUCUGAUCAAAAGUGCACCUUUGACCUAUGGGGAAUAGGUAUCUGCAGUUUUAACUAA